GCGCCACACUGGAGCGGCUGGGUACCCGAGGAAGAAGCCGUUUACCAUCGUCCGUCGUCCCUGUUCGAAUUUGUGGCACGACCGCCGCGGCCGCCCCGGCGGCUGUCGCCGCCAGGCUUGACGCGCCUUUACGCCUUUGUACAAGCCGCGCGGGUUUUUCAUCCCGAUGACGACAGUUUACGACAUGCGGAAAACGUCGAAAUGGAAGAACCUGACGAGAACAUUCCUGUGCCCACCAUCCCGUCGGAUGCCCGUGUCAGCGUCGUCGACGCGACAGACAACCCUUUGCAACGCGAACCGGAUACGAAGCAAUUGCAAAGGAUCCUGGCCACGAUGGAUGCCAGCGAGCUUGCCAAGUACUUGCCCCCGGGCAUGGUUCUCGUCACUGUCCCGUCUCCGACGACGAACCCGCCCGAGGAUUACUACGACGUCGACGUUGACGGCGAUGGGCAAGACACCGAAACAGUUGCAGGACCCGUCACGACUUUCUCCACUUCGGAAAACCCGUCAUCAAUAACUACAACCCCGGCGACGACCACGAUGCAAACAACAACUACAGCAUCAUCAACAACAACAACAACAACAACAACGACAACAACAACAUCGACAUCGUCGACCUCGACCACGGCGACUUUGACGUCAACGUCAGCCACGACACCGGUGUUGAAUCCGUCGACAACUGCCAAACAGAGGCGUGGCAGGAAACUCGCGGUUUGUGGCACUGAGUGUCGACUUGCGGCCAGUCUGAGAAUCGUGUCAGGUGCUGAUUGGUCUCCCGCCUUGUGGGACAACACUUCAGCAUAUCAUAAACAUCUCACCACGGAACUCAAGACGCAGUUGGAGGAAGUCUUUCGCAGAAGCUCUCUGGAGCACUGGUUCGACCAUGUGGAAGUGGAGGCGUUCAGCACGGCUCGUCACCUAGAUCCCGACACCAGUGUCAUCGUCGACGUCGUGUUGUGGCUGCGAGACUUGGAUCUACGCCCAGUCGACCCCGAUCACGUCAGUCAACUUUUGUUGGCCGCCACCUCCGCCACUGCUGGGACAGCAGCUACUUGCUGCCAACUUGGGCCAUACACUUUGGAUCCCAGUUAUGCUGACUUCAUCGUUUUACGAGAUGAAGCCCAAGAGAGCAGAAGUGAGGCCACUGAAGAAAACCGCCCGUCCAUGCCGCAGUGGGCUGUGGCAGUCAUAGUCCUCACUGUGUCCGCUUCUUUGAUGCUCGCACUGGCCUUCGGAAUUACGACGGCUCAAAGACGUUGGCGUGAACGAGGUAGGAGACAAUUGGACGACAGACGACAGCAACAGCUGCAACAGCAACGAGAAGCUAGUGUCGCAGCACUGAUGCGAUAUGACUCGUCACUUUUUUGGCAGACCAACAUGGAGAAACGACAAGUACCUUACGCAGCGUCUCUGGGUGGAGGCAGAAUACCAAAGGCAUCAUUGCGAAUCAGCAGACAAAGAGAGAACUGGAGCAGAGCAGCAUCUCCAGCAUCAACCACAGCAGCUCAUCGGCCUUUGCGACGUCCACCUGAUUAUGACAUGCAUUUUUGAAACCUGAUGGUGUUUUUUUUACAUUUUCUCAUGCCCACAAGUUGUGAUACUACUUGCUCUAUGCUUUGUCCCCCUUCAAUGGUUGCAAAAUCGAGUGGCAAUACUGGAAAUAUGAAAAAAACUACAAAAUAUGAAACAGAA